AGGUCAAUAACGUACCCUAUAUAAUUCUCUAUCGUAUGGGGAAUCCCCUUAUGCUACCCUUAACUGAUAACCUUACUGAAAAAGGUUUAACCUGCAGAGAUAGUGCGAUAAGGGUUGUAAUAGAUUCGAAGUCGAUGGCAAUAGAAAGAAAAAUUAUUAUGCGCAACGGAAUAACGAAAUUGGACUACGCCAAUGUUCACGAGUGACAAGUGAGUGAUGACGGAGAGUGACAGGCACCGAUAAAGAGUGUGAAAUAACAAGAGAGAGAGAGAGAGAGAGAGAGUGUGUGUGUGUGCGUAAUUCCGUAUACGUCCGUCUGACGAGAGUCUCGGCGUGCUUCUCUUCCGCGCAAAUAUCCAAUCGAGGAUCUUCGCAAAUUUUCGGUACGGCUCGCGCACGGGCUCUCCCGGGCUCUCUGGGAGGCUGGCUCAGUGUCGAGCGUGCUGCCUGGACCGCAAGGCGCCUUUCCACGAGAGAACCGUUCCCCUUCCCCUUACGUUCGUAGUACGUGCUUUCCCGAAUACUCUCUCCUCUCCCCACCACAGUCGCUACCUCUCCUCUCUCUCUCUCUCUCUCUCUCUCUCUCUCUCUCUCUCCCUCCCUCCCCCUCUCUCUCUUUCUCUCUCUUUCUCUCUCUGGCCUCCCUCUGUCCAUCUCACUCUAUAUUACUGUAUCUAUCUCAUUUACUCUAUAGAGAUCCUUUUCCAUUUUCCGGCUCUCUCUCUCUCCUCUCUCUUUCUCUUUCUCUUUCUCUCUUACUCUCUUCAUUUCCCUCUCUGUUAUCUCUUUCUCUGUCUACCCCUUCCAUCUACUCUUCUUCUCUUUCUCUCUCCUUCGCUCAUUCUCCAUUCCUCUUUCUCGCUCCUAGCUCCUCCGUUCCGCCAAGCCAGAGCUUCGUACACUCUCGUUCUCCUCUCUCUCUCUCUCUCUCUCUCUCUGUCUCUCUGUCUCUCUGUCUCUCUGUCUCUCUCUCUCUCUCUCUCUCUCUCUCUCUCUCUCUCUCUCUCUCUCUCUCUGUUUCACCCUCGCACUCCUGGCACGGUCGAGCCGAAUGGACAGCAGUGAGUAAAAGUGCCGGGGAGCCCCGAGCGGGAACCUACCGAACGUCCUCGUGUCCAGGACAGUACGCGGCUGCCGUUCGUGAUUCGUGGGAAAACAUGAGGACAGGAGUAAUCAGGUGGGAAAUCGAAUCGGAAACUGUGUUGCCCAUUAGUCGCCGUCGCUCGUAGCAUCGACGCAACUCGCGAGCCCGGGAGGCUCCCGUUGCACCGCGGUGAAUCAAGUGGGACGUUCGCGUUCUCGUCGGUGUCAACCAUCGAGAAAUGUAAUAGCGCCUCAAGGACAAGAGGAUCCCACGUACGUGUUCAAGGAGCUAUGCUGUCCCAUGCUGACCCGUAGACCGGAGGCUCGGCGUGUCGCUCAUUUCCGUUAGGUUAACCGAUGAAGCUGGACCUCGCGGAAGAGGAGAAUAAAAACAAGGCUCGGAGGAGGAAGACGGGCUGAUAAGGUAGUCGGGGAGAGGUGGUGGCAGCCGAAGGGACCGUCGAGGUGGUCGUCGGGCUGGAGGAGGAGGAGGGAGAGCACAGAGAGAGAGUAAGAGAGAGUGUGAAAAAGGGAAAAGGUGAGCAAGAGGAGGCCAACGAAGAGAGCGGUAAUGAUCGGGAGUACGGUGGUGCGGACAAAUGAACACCUCGGCACAGCGUUUGGGCUAUUCCAAAGAUGUGAGGAAUGAUCACGUGGGUUAUGGUCGGGCUGCUCCUGGCUGCGGAAACUACCUGCGGCAGAAAUGUCCUGUCCGGAAACGGAAAUGGCAAGGAUGACCCCAAGCAGAAAGUGGCACCCCCUGACGAGGAGGAGAUCUAUCGUCUGACAUGCUACACUUGCGUCAACGUCAGCGAUAACCAGAUGUGCAACGAGUGGGCGAUAGACACGCCGUGUCCGGCAGGCGGACGGGAUUUUUGCCGAUCGCUGCACAUUCUCGACAGCCGCGGGAACAGUGUCUUGGUGAGCAAGAGUUGCGCGAGCAGCGAGGAAUGCGGACCAGCCUCAGUGGGCUGCGUCCCAGUCGACACGCAGAAGAUCUGCAUAAGCUGCUGCGACGUGAGUUACUGCAACAUGGAGUCCCCGACGAACUCUACGAACGCCAUCUUCUCGCGGAAACGUCGAGCGAAAUCGAAGGGUAAACGCAAGCGGCCAGGUAGAAAUGGGGUUGAUAGGCCCGGUCGAUUUUACGGCUGCGUGUUCGGCCUCGCUGCGUCUCUCUUAUAUGCAUAUCAUUGUUGAGGAGGAAGCCAAAGGUUGAGUAGGAGAUAUAUACAUACAUACAUAAAUAUAUAUAUAUAUAUAUAUAUAACGUUAUAUAUAUAUGUAUAUAUAUAUAACGGGUAAAACCGUUAAAAAAUGAGAAUUAGAAUGAACGGCGAAGGCUGCAUUACGGUCGCGAUUUGGCUUCGAUGAAACAAAAGAUUAAAGAGUAUGAAAGAGAAAGGGCAUGAGGGAAGAAAAAUAUUGGGGAAAAAAACAAACCGAUCAAUUAAUGCAGUAGCAAUUUUCAAUUUUACUUGUAAGAGUUUAUAAAUUAUGUUAUAAACCAGGAUGGUGAACUCACGCUACAAUUUCUGAGCCCCCUCGAUUCGUUGAUGAUGUUGAUUGUGGGCUGAUUUUCAUGAAUAAGUGUAGCCUCGGGACGAAACUUUCGCUUGGGGGUGUCGAUAUGAGGAUAGAACGUUUAUGGAUAGAAGAAUUCUAAGGAAGAAUGCGAAAUCCUUUUGUCGUUCGACGAUGGAAAUGUGUUAUUUAAUGAGACGCGUACCUAAAGCUAUUAAACUAUUGACUCGCCUACUACAGACUAUUAUUGCUAUUACAAUUAUUACUAUUAUAUAUUAUGAUAUAGAUACUAUACAUUGUUUCGGCAUUACGUAAAAUACUGUUGGUAAUGAAAUAAAGAAAAAUUAUACUUCUCAUUCGAGGACGUAACUUAUUUAAUAAAAGCAAUCGAUAAAAGUAA